AUGUCAGCGUCAGCUCAAGAUCCCCCCUUGCCAUACGAUAAAGAUGGUAAAGACUCAACCAUCACCAUACAAGGCAGAAACGUCGAGACCGCAUCCGUCACCCGCGGACAAAUGGAGACAAUAUGUGACGCGCAACCUGUCCACAACCCCAAUGAGUCCAUCAAAACAUACAAGCGUCGAUGGCUAGGAGUGGCCGUCAUCGUCCUGACCAAUGUCGCCGUGACCUGGGCCUGGCUCAGUUUCGCCAUGGUCACACAGUUCGCGCAGGUUCAUUUCUCUGUCGGUGCUAGCGCCAUCAACUGGUUCUCCAUCGUCUACUGCUUCACAUUCAUCCCGUUCGUCUUUUCCUCGUGGAUCCUGAGUCGGUACGGCAUCAAGACCAGCCUCGUCAUUGGAGCCUUAGGGAUCAUCGUUGGCAGCUGGAUCCGCUACGCCGGAGUCCGGACCGCCAGCUACGCCGGUACCAUGGUCGGACAAACAAUCCUGGGUCUGUCACAGCUGUUCAUCGUGCCUCUUCCUCCGGUCUAUUCACAACUCUGGUUCUCUCCUGCUCACCGCACCACACCGACGGCUUUGGGGACCAUCUCUCCGGCUUUGGGGUCGAUGCUCGGAGCCCUCUGCACUCCGUACAUGGUCACCUCUCCUGCCGCUUUGCCCAACAGCAUCUUGUAUCUUGCCAUCGCCUCCACAGUCAUCAGCGUCGUGGCCUUUUUGGUCCCCUCCGCCCCUCCAACACCAGCCUCAUUGAACGAGUGCGACCCAUACUCCCACAUCACGCGCAAACAACACGCCCUCGCGAUUCUGCGUUCUCCCGAAUUCUACAUGAUCGCCGUCCCCUUUAUGACCGAAGUCGGCUUCUUCAACGCCUCCACCUCACUCGCCCUCCUCAUUCUCAUGCCAUAUGGCUUUCCCUACCAACUCGGCGGUCUCCUCACCGGCCUCCAAGCGGGGAUCGGCAUCACGGCCGGUUUGCUCCUCGCUCCAAUCGCCGACCGUUUCCAAAUCCACAUUCCCGUCCUGAAAAUCUCUCAAACGGCCAUGGCCAUCUGCUUCAUCGGAUACAUCUGGGUCCCUCCCUCGGGAAACGUUGCUGCUGUCUUCGCCAUGUCCAUCCUCAUCGGCAUCUGCUGCACAGGCGGCCUGGCCAUUACGAUGGAAGCCCUCGCCGAAAUCUUGUACCCGAUCCCGGCCGAAUUCACCGCGUCCAUCGCGUGGUCUGUGGGCAACUUUUUGGGGGCAAUUUUCCUGUUUAUUAUGGACGCGCUCCGCGCUGGUCCCAAUGCGAACCCGCCUUUUAAUAUGCAGGAUGCACUGUAUUGCCAGGCGGCGCUAGGUAUCGUGUUUAUCUUAUUGCCGAUUAAUCUUUUGGGAUGGUUUGGGAGGAAAGACAAGGUGAGGUAUAGGAGGAGGCACGUGCAGUCUUCGGCAACGGGGAUGGCGGUGUCAGGUGAUGAGGGGACCAGGAAGGAGGAAAUUGUUGAGGAGAUCGAUGUCAAGGGUGGCAGUGUUAAAGAUGUUUAG